CUCGGAAGCAGCCACUGUGCGAUCGCUCGCUUCUUAUGGGUGUUCCUCUCCACGCUUUAUAUUUCCUAGUUCGACAUUAUUCUCACAGUGCCACUUUGAGAAGAACUCGUGAUAGGUUUUUAUAACCCAACCGCCCGCCUGCACUUUUUUUUUUUUUUUUUUUUCUUUUGCGGAAUAAUGAAUUGAGGGCAAAUGUGGCAGGAAUGGUUGACGGCAGGAGCGCGCCGCGUCCUGCUCCCGUGUGUUGGGAACGGUUUGAAGCAGCUCCGGCUUCGCUUUUGACCAUGUUGGUCUCUCCUUGGAGUUUUUAAUUAAACGCAAACAGGAGUCAAUGAGCAACCAGGAGCUUGGAGGAGCAAUGGCAUCGAAGGAGAAGUUGUACGAGCUAUGGAUGUUGUACUACACUAAGAAAGAUGUGGCCUAUCUGCAGCAGUGGCUGGAGGCAUUUGUGGCGUCCUUUGAAAGGCUCAUUGACGUACACUCGCUCGAGCCUCGGAGGCUUGAGGAGUGCACCUCUGAGGUGCCCCUGCUUCCCAGAGAGGUCCUGGUGUUCCUCAGCACACAGCUUUGGCAAAGUGCGCCGCACCUCGCAGACAGCCAUGAGCACAGCAUCAACGCCCCCCCCCCUCUCCUUCUCAUCAAGUUUUUCAUCAUCAUCUGCAGAAACAUGGAGAACAUGGAGCCAGAGAAGACUCCCUGUUUUGUUUAUGAAUCCAUAAAGCUUUUGAAUUAUUGUCUACACCAGAUAAAAAAUGGAGAAGGUGAGAAGCCAACACUGCAGUCGGUCGUGUAUUACGGACUCGUGCUGUGGGAGAGCGUCUUUGACCCUUAUCAAACGUGGAGGAGACGACUGGCGGGGGAGGAGGUGAGCCUGCUGGAAAGGAACAAGUACAAAUUCUCUCCAUUGCCUCUGCCAGAAGAGCUGACAGCUCUCUUCCACGAAUAUCUGCAGGACAGUGAGACAAUACCAGAGCUUCUCACACUCAGGCUGGUUCAUCUCCAGGGAGCCAUCAUGAGUGGAGCCAAGAAAAAUGGUCUCCUCGCUGUCACCACUCAUGCCGUGGAAGACAUCUUCUCCGUUCUGCAAACUUGGUGUUGUCGGGAUUCCAAUCGCUCGAAGAACAUAUCGCUCCCUCGGCUGACCUUGCGGUGCCUGAGGGCGAUGAUCCACCUGCUGCAUUUUAGCAGCCCGUCGGAGCGGCAAGUGGACAUCAAGACCAUACUCCAGAGGUUCUUCCAGCUCCUCAACUGGAACCAUCCGCUGAGCAGUGAACAGCAAGACAGGCAGAACUCCGAGGAACGCCUGAUCUCGCUCCAGAGUCUGAUGCUGACCGAAGUACCUGAGAUCCUGCAGUGUUCGGACCGGCCCGCCCUCCAGGCCGUCUUCCUGAACAACAACUGCUUCGAGCACAUCCUCAGGCUCAUACAGAACAGCAAGCUCUUUCAGAGCAACAGGCCGAAGAGUGAGUGUGACCUCACCACAAGUUUACUCACAGAGGUCAAAGAGGACCAGGUGCUGGAGCGAGGCUCAGACAGCAUCACGGUGCAUGCUCUUGGAGUCCUGACAGCCAUCAUGAGUAACUCCCCCACUGCCAAGGAGAUUUUCAAGGAGAGGAUCGGCUACUCCCAGCUCUUCGACGUGCUCAAGAGUCAAGGUCGGCCUACCAAAAGGCUGCUGCAGGAGCUGAUGAACAUGGCAGUUGAGGGCGAGUAUGCCCACGCACAUCACUUGGGCAUUAGUAACGACCAGCCUCUACUGUUGCUUCUACAUUGGCUUCCCGAGCUGCACGGCCACAGGGAGCUCCAACUUCUGGUGGCGCAGUGGCUAGCCACCGUUUGCGGCGGCUCGCUCGCUUGCCGGACGGUGGCCGUGGAAGCCGGCAUGGUGGGAGCCAUCUUGGAGGUGCUCUCGCAGCCGCAGCAUUUGGACAGGCAGUGUACGGAUGCCAUGCUGGGCCUCCUGCAGGACUUGGGUUCACUUUGCUUGAAACCCGAGGAGCUGAGAAGCCUCCUGAAAUUGUUAAAGUUGGACCAGGAGAAGGGAACGCAUCCCUUCUGCACUCGCAUCAUCCAAGUGCUGUCAGCGAUGGCGGCGCGAGAAGGUCGUGACAGCGCCUUGCAGUACUUUGAUCUCACACCCCCUAUGGCGGGUAUCAUGGUGCCCACGGUCCAACGAUGGUCAGGCAGCAGCUUUGCAUUUCAUGCUUGGCUCCGCCUCAAUAUGGACUUCCCCCAUUCCCCUCCGUUUGACGAGGACAAACCCGCCGCUAGCUUAGUCACGGAAAGUCAACAUGAGAUGGGAAAAGGACCUCGCAGAAAGCAGCUUUACAGUUUCUUCACAGCUAGCGGAACUGGACUGGAAGCCUUUUUCACAAUGGAGGGCGUGCUGGUGGUGGCUGUUUGCACUAAGAAGGAUUACAUGGCUGUCGCAUUGCCGGAACUCCCACUCGCUGACUCACGCUGGCAUUCAGUCGCCAUCGUGCACGUUCAAGGCCGUCGUCCUUUUGGUCAGAACCUGGUCAACAUCUUCAUUGACGGAGAGUUGUCCAAAACAUCUCAAAUCCGCUUUCCAUCCUUGAGUGAGCCUUUCACUUCCUGCUGCAUCGGCUCCGCCGGCAACCGGACCACCACCACCACAACCUCACCUAAUCUCCCUAUAACCUUGUCCUCCGCCCAGUCCCCGGAAUUCUCCUUCCCCGCCAACACCCCCUCCUUAAUCCGCUCGCAAUCCUUUCCAGCCAACUUCGCAGGGGCCCGCUGGGGCUCUCUAAACGACUGCACGGUUCAAACCAUCCCGGCGGGGUUGCAAGACACAGAAUGGGGAACCCCAUCUUCUCUGGAUGGACUCCUGGGCACGGCCUUCAUUUGCCACGAACCUCUGCAGCAGAGCCAAACAAGAGCGCUGUACGCUGCAGGUCCAAAUCAUGUGCCCUUAUUCAAAGCGGAUGGAGAGUUAUCUGAUCUUAAUGGCAAGCUGGUGCUCUACUACACUCCUCAGGCAUUUAAAAGCCAAAUAUGUUUGGAUUUGGCUCCUAAUCAUCAACACGAUGGCCGGCUAACGGGACACCGAGUCAUCAACUGGGACAUUAAGGAUGCCAUCAAUGUGGUUGGCGGAAUGGGCGUCUUGCUGCCUCUCCUUGAGCAAGUUUGUGAGGAAGAGCAGGUGUCCAACGGCGCUCAAGAGAUCUCAGAGCUACUCGGGCCAGAAUCGACAUCAUCGCGAAGUCCGGCCGCCAUGCUGCUGCCGCUCAAGUCUUCAGAGGCGAGACUUGAGAGGAACAGCAUCGCGGCGUUUUUGCUGAUGAUGAAGAACAUGAUCCGUCGUCAUCCUGUCAAUCAGGAAGGCCUGCUGCAGUGCCACGGGCCAAGCAUCAUCGGAGCCAUGCUAAGCAAAGUUCCAGGCUCUAUGAUGGAAAUGAAUGUUUUGGUCGCAUGUCGGCUGCUACUGGAUCAGGUUCUCAACGAGGGGAACGGUCCACUUCUGCAACAGUUGUACCAGCACCUGCUCUUUGAUUUCCGCGUUUGGACCAGGAGCCAUUUUGCUGUCUGCCACGAUCACGUCCAGUACAUCUCAUCUGUAAUACACAAAGGGAAACAGCGCUUGAAGAGAAAAUACGGCGUUCAAUACAUUCUGGAUACCAUUCGCACUUACUACAGCACGGAGAAAGAUGACGGCUGUCUCUAUGACGAGAAGCAGAUGAUACAGACGUCUCUGUUUGCCUUGCUCAAAGACUUCCUCAGGUCUCCGACGGCUGAGGAGCUCCACAGUGUCCUGGCUUAUAUUCUGACUGCGGGAGAUGAGCAGCAGGUGAUAAAGGCCCUGGAUGUGUUGUAUGAGCUUUUGCGGAGCAGCCCUCCUCGUGAACACGUCCAAGCUGUUCUGUUGGAAUGGGGAGUGGAACAACUUUAUAGUCUUCUUCUCAACCCGAGCUUUGGGGACCGGGCCAGGGAGAUGGUCUUCAGGGUUUUAUACAAAAUCCUGAAGAGCGAGCGUGUGUCGGAGCGCAACAAGCAGCGGCUGAAACUUAAGGACUUCGGCUAUCUCGGCCUGGUGUUUUUCCUCGAAGACAUUCCCGUGACCAUGACGACUGUGAGAUGUCUGUACGAGCAGGUCCUUGCGACAGACCCAAGUCCUAACUUCAGAGACCUCCUAGCUGUGGUGUGUCUGUCCCACCGAGCAGACCUGGCAGUCCGCCUGGACAUUUGUCGCAAGCUCUUCCAUCUCAUCUACCUCAGCGAGGAUUACGUGAAGCAUCUCGCCAAGCAGCCCGGUUGGCAGGAUGUUCUCACCAAGCUUUACGUGAAGGAAUCCUUCGAGUCCUUCGCCGCCAACAUCUCGAACUCCACCGAGCAAAAGUUCCACCCCCCUUUGAAUAGAGACCAGAGUCUUCUCAUAGAGGACGCACGUAGCGGCAUGUUCCUGAACUACGGCACCUCCCAGGAGGAGGACGAGGAGGAAGAGGAGGACGGCGUCCAUCGAGAUAUCUCCGAGGAAUAUUUAUCUCUAUCGCCGCCCGGUGGAUUGAGCGGCCAGCUGAAGACUUUCAAGUCAUUCGAUUCCACAGACCAAGAGAGUCACUCGUCCUCGCUCUCCAAUUCCUUGGCGGUGGAUAUCGCUUCAUCUCGCCUGGAUGAAGAAGGGAGAGAUUACCAGCCUUUCUCCCCGUAUGGAACGUCUCCGCCGUUUGAUUUGGAACUAGGUAGCAUGGGAGAGGUCACCCCAGCUGGUAGUCUCACCAACACGCCUUCCCCUCUGGAGUACAGCAAACCCUUUCCACCGUUGAGACCUAGGAAAAGCUCCAGUCUGUCCAACGUUCUGGACCACGCCAGCUACGGGACGGACCCCCCCACCGCUGACAGCAUCUCCAACACGUCCAACCUGCAGCAGACGCCAGAAGAGGAGCUCUGCAACUUGCUCACCAAUAUUAUCUUCUCCGUGCUUUGGAGCGGCAGCGGGGCGGACGGGCCCGAGGAUGUGGUUUGGAGAGAGAGGGGCCAGGUGUUUUCGGUUCUCACCAAACUGGGUUCCUCAUGCCAACUGGUGCGCCCGCCCGAUGACAUUAAACGGAGUCUUCUGGAGAUGAUGCUGGAAUCAUCUUUAUCUGACCUGAGGGAUGCCCAGGGAGUGUUCCUCCCUUUCUGUCCCAGCCUGGUGAGGCUCCUCAGGUUGUUGCAGGACUUCCUGUUUUCCGAGGGGACCGACAAUCAUACACUCUGGAGUGAGAAGAUCUUUGAGGGGGUGGUGAACCUACUGGACAAGUUGCAGGCCUGGCACUGCACCCCCGGCAGCCCCUGCAGCACGGAACUGAAGGAGAUGUCCCAAAUCGGCUUACGCAUCAUCACCGGUUAUAUCCGACAGCAGCAGUCACAGGUGUGCGUGAUGGCCUUCGUGAAGCUGCACAGCCUGCUGCAGACUGUCUUAUGUCUCAGCUGGGAGGAGGUCUGCUUCCUGCUGGGCCGCAUCGGCGCCCCCUUGUGGCCAGACCAAGAGGCGACGGACAUCAACAACACUGAGCAUGCGGAGAUGUUCACCCAGGUGGUCCCGGUGGUGCGAGCCCUCCUGGACCAACACGCUGACCCAGUUACGGUCCAACAGCUGCUCCCGAGUCUGCCCAUCACUAACGGCAGCACCACGUUUGCCCAGGACCUCAAGGCUUACUGCCACACGCUGGAGUGGCAGAGUUUUUACCAGCAGCAGGUUCAGCCCACAAUGGAGCAGUACGAGCUGGACACUUUUGGGCGGAGUCAUGACAUCAUGUCCAAUUUCUGGAAUUCCUGUUUCGAUGACCUCAUGAGCACGGCCUUCAAACGAGACAAAGACAGAUCGGAGAGCAAAGUCAAGUUUCAGGAAUUGAUCGUUGACCCCUACCUGAAGCGGGUUCGAAGUGAGAACGGACGUUACGUCAGCUGGCAAAAGCAAAGCUCCAACCAGCAGGGGGUGGUGUGGCAACACUGGAAGGCUCUGCGAAGGCUCCUCACCAGCGAGAGAGCAGUGUGGGCCAAGAAAAAUCAGCCUGAGGUCAAGUGGAUACUAUCCAGCGCGGAGACGUAUUCCAAAAUGCGCCUCAAACUUGUUCCUAACCACCUUUAUGAUCCCCACACUGAGGCCAGCGCCCAGAGGGACAACAUGGGAGCGGAUAGUCCACGUUCCGAGCCUCUCCCAUUGGCCGUGGCCAAAGAAGCCAAAGUGAGCGAUAUGGAGGACGACCAGUUAGGAGAAGAGGAUCUUGUUAUUUUGGAUAACAACGUGGAGGUCGAAAAUGAGAGCCAAAAGGAAAAGCUGGUUUUAUCCGAAGACUGUGAACUCAUCACCAUCGUCGCCAAGGUUCCCGGCCGAUUAGAAGUUACCACCCACCACCUUUACUUCUACGAUGCCAGCAUUGAGAAAGAAGAAACUGAGGAAGGAAUUGGGUUCGACUUCAAGCGACCUCUAUCUCAGCUUCGCGAGGUCCAUUUGAGACGCUAUAACCUCCGUCGUUCCGCACUGGAGCUCUUCUUCAUUGACCAGGCUCACUACUUCAUCAACUUCAAGAAGAAGUUGCGCAAUAAAGUGUAUUUAAGGAUUCUGGGACUGCGCCCUCCUAACCUUUUCUACUUUGGAUCCCGAUCACCCCAAGAGUUGCUCAAAGCAUCGGGCCUGACGCAGAAAUGGGUCUGCAGGGAAAUAUCCAAUUUUGAAUAUUUAAUGCAACUCAACACCAUCGCCGGGCGCACUUACAAUGACCUUUCGCAAUAUCCUGUGUUCCCCUGGAUCCUCUGCGACUACACCUCUCCUAUUCUAGAUCUGGAAGACCCGUCCAUUUUCCGAGACUUGUCCAAACCCGUCGGCGUGGUCAACCCUCGCCAUGCGCAGGCGGUUAAAGAGAGGUACGAAAGCUUUGAGGACCCGACGGGCACGGUCAAUAAAUUCCACUACGGCACGCACUACUCCAACGCGGCAGGCGUCAUGCACUACAUGAUCCGCAUGGAGCCGUUCACCACGCUGCACAUCCAGCUGCAGAGCGGCAGGUUCGACUGCGCAGAUCGGCAGUUCCACUCGGUGCCGGCAGCCUGGCAAGCUCGCAGCCCGGCUGAUGUCAAGGAGCUCAUCCCGGAGUUCUUCUACUUCCCGGAAAUCCUGCAGAACAUGAAUGGCUUCGAUCUGGGAUCCUUGCAGCUAUCUCGGGAGCCAGUGGAGGACGUUAUGUUGCCUCGCUGGGCCGCUUCGAGGGAAGACUUUAUCAGAAAGCACCGGGAAGCUCUGGAAAGUGAGCACGUAUCGUGUCAUCUGCAUGAAUGGAUCGACCUGAUCUUCGGCUACAAGCAGAGAGGCGAAGAGGCAGUGAAAGCCCUCAAUGUUUACUACUACUGCACCUAUGAAGGUGCUGUAGAUUUGGAUGCCAUUGCCGAUGAGACGGAACGCAAAGCACUAGAAGGCAUCAUUAGCGAAUUUGGACAAACACCCUGCCAACUGCUCAAGGAACCUCACCCACCGCGAAUGUCAGCCGCAAAUGUUUCAAGGCGGCAGUCUCGCCUGGACACUCUGCCAGUUAACAUCUUUGAUAACCUCAAUAAGCUCCGCUCAUUUGUGGAGGUGGUGAGCGAUGGCAUCCCCCUGGUCCAGGCGGUCGUACCAAAGAACCAGAAUCGGUCCUCCAUCAUCCAUGGCUCCAAUAUAAUGGUGACAGUGAGUUCGAGUGGCUUGAUAGGAACCCACAGCUGGCUGCCUUAUGACAAGAACAUCGCCAACUACUUCACCUUCGCCAAGGAUCCGACAGUUACUAAUCCCAAGACACGGCGUUUUCUAGGCGGACCUUUCUCACCCGGAGUGGAGCUCAGCGCUCAGAUUCUGGUGGUGUCCAAUGAUGGACGGCUGCUGUUUAGUGGAGGACACUGGGACUGCAGUUUGCGGGUCACCCAGCUGGGCAAAGGCAAGCUGGUGGGCAGGAUCUGCCGGCACAUCGAUGUUGUUACAUGCCUGGCUCUGGAUCUGUGUGGCAUCUACCUCAUCUCUGGCUCGAGGGACACGUCCUGUAUGGUGUGGCAGGUUCUACAGCAGGGCGGCCUCUCCAGCACGCUGUCUCCUCGGCCCGUUCAGGUGCUGUGUGGACAUGACCAGGAGGUCACGUGUGUGGCCAUCAGCACAGAACUGGACAUGGCUGUCUCGGGGUCAAAGGACGGGACGGUGAUCGUGCACACGAUCAGACGAGGCCACUACCUGAGAACCUUGAGGCCUCCGGGUGAGCCCUCCUCCAUCUCCAAGCUGCAGGUGGGCAUGGAGGGCCAUGUGGUGGUGCAGACCUCCAGGGGUGAGCCAGCCAGUACUACAAAGGGCUCGGACUCCAUGCAUGUUUACUCGAUCAAUGGCUGCCUGUUGUCUUCCAUCAAAAUGGAGGAGCAAGUGUGCGCUCUCCACUUGGUGUCUGAAUACAUCGUCCUGGGCACCAUGCAGGGCCGACUCCACAUCCUCCAGCUGUGCAGCCUGAAAGCCGCUGUGCCGCCCUUGGCCUUGAAAGUCCCAGUGAGGAGCGUGUUUGUUACCAAAGAGAGCAGCCACAUCCUGGUGGGCCUCGAAGACGGGAAGUUGAUAGUAGUGGGGGCGGGAAAGCCGGAGGAGGUUCGUCCAGGACAAUUUUCCCGCCGAUUGUGGGGAUCAACUCGCCGCAUCUCUCUGGUGUCGGCGGGCGAGACGGAAUACAACCCGGCCACCGAGAGCGUCGGCAAAUGAGAGCGAUUCGCCACCCACACGCUUAUUAUGGCUUUCUUUUCACAAGCCUGGGAACUUCUAAGACCAACGGAACACUCAGCACUUUUUUUUCCUUUUGUUUUUGUUUUCUAAUCCGGGAAGAAUUUUUGUAUUGAUUGUGGACUAGAGUCUGUUUUUAAUCAGCAUCAUUCCAAAGAGUGGCCUUGUUUUUGAAGAGACAGUAAAGCUUGGUGUUUAAGCUUGAAAACUGCUGUCAGACUGUACAAACAUUUCAGGAAUGAGAUACACACAAACAUGUACACACCACUUUUUUUUCUUUUUUUUUCCCCCAUUUGCUGUGCCAAUGCUUCUUAAAAACUCCUGCAAACUUGAAAACCUUUCGAGAGCUGCUUCAUGCAAUACCGGACGGGGAAUGUCGCCGCAGUGCCCUAGCAAAUAACCCUUGCUGUGUCUAAAACUGUAAUACUGUUACAUUUGAAGCACAAAAUUGCUUUCAUGGUCAAGAAAGUUUAUGUCGUUGAUGUUGAUUGAUUGUCAUGUUGAUGAAUGUCGCUCUUUUUUUUUUUUUUUUUAACCCAAUAUGCACUAUUAUUUCAGGAUGACUUCAUUUGACCUUCUUGAAAUUUUAUUUUAAGAUAUCGCGAAGGUUGCCGAUACCAGCCACUGAUACUUCAGUCAAAAAAUCGGACAUUCUUUCGUAGCAGUUUGACACAUCAGUGAAUCUUUAUUCAGAAAAAAAAUGCCUUUGCUCAUAUUUAAAUACAAUUUUAUAAAUCAAAAAUUACAAUUAUGGGUACUCAAUAUCAUCGAGUACUUAAAUCAUUUUGAUCUGGAAAAAAAAAAUGGUACCAAACAUGCCUAUUCAAAACUUAAGAGAAGGUCAAAUCAGGUUUACUUGUAAAGAAAAUACAAAAUUCUCCAUUUCUUUUUUUUUUGCCAUAUUGGACCUCCAACCCAAAAUGUGCCUUUUUAAAGUCACUUUUAACGUGUAAACACUGAUUGCAAUCAUCUGUCCCAGCUCACCAUCUGCCUCUGCUGUUAACACACAAUGCAUGACUCACAUAUCCACAAGAUUCUUUUUAAUGACGUGAAGUCAAGUGUUGGCUUCCAUUGCGCUGUUUAGAAAACAUCUGAAACCCGAGUGAGAGCUUCAGAGAAAUUCCUUCGCUGCGGUUGGAACGCGCUCGUUGUUAUGCGGCGUCAUGACAAAUCAGCCAACUGUUUGGGUCAAUGUUAGGGGAGAAAAGAGAAGAAAAAAAGCAUUUGAAAGAACUCAUUGAGCCCCCUGUCCUAAAAAAGUGGAUCGUUUGUAUAAACGUGUAAAAAAAAA